GUGGGAAACAGGUUAACCGAAGUAUUUAAGAGCAGGUGGAGGUGCAGGUAUCUGAGCUGUGUUGAGAUGAAGAUGACAAGGAAGAUGAUCCAUAUACUCAGUGUAGCAUUUUCCAUCGCUCUUCUAAUGAGAGGAUGUGACGCACAACUGGAUGUGUGUGGCAGAGCAUCUCUCAACACAAGGAUCGUUGGAGGACAGAGUGCAGUGGCUGGUGCUUGGCCGUGGCAGGUCAGCCUUCACAGGAGCAGUCGCCAUUUCUGUGGUGGAUCACUCAUCAACAAAGAAUGGGUUCUGACUGCAGCUCACUGCUUUGACAAUGGCCUAACCAGUGGCCUAACUGUGUACCUGGGCCGACAGACACAGGUAGGAACAAAUCCAAACGAAGUGUCCAGCAGUGUCUCUGAAAUCAUAAAACAUCCAGGCUACAUUAGCAGCACUCAUGACAACGACAUCACUCUUCUGCAUCUGUCUUCACCGGUGACAUUUACUGACUAUAUCAAACCAGUCUGUCUGGCUUCAUCAAGCAGUACAUUCUUCAACCGCACUGUGAGCUGGGUCACUGGAUGGGGAGACAUUAGGACAGACGUUUCCCUGCCUUCACCGCAAACUCUACAGGAAGUGCAAGUGCCUGUUGUUGGAAACAGGCAGUGUAAGUGUCUUUAUGGAGUCUCAACAAUCACUGACAACAUGAUAUGUGCCGGACUAAUAGAGGGAGGGAAAGACUCUUGUCAGGGUGACUCUGGUGGUCCUAUGGUCAGCAAGCAGGGCUCGAUCUGGGUCCAGUCUGGAGUUGUGAGCUUCGGCAGAGAUUGUGCUUUAGCUAACUUUCCUGGUGUGUAUGCCCGAGUGUCUAAGUACCAGAGCUGGAUCAAUGAGAAGAUCACUACUAGCCAGCCGGGCUUUGUUACAUUCACCUCCAAUGGUACAGAUGGUGAUCUGGCAAUUAGCUGUAGUGGUGUGCCUGCAAUUCCCACAACCACUGUCGCCACUACAACAACUACAACCGUUGCACCUGUAGUGUGUGGAAGUGCCAAACUGAACACCCGCGUUGGAGGAAACAGCUCCCUCGCCUCUUCCGGUGUUUGGCCUUGGAUGGCAAGCCUGCAAUUUAACGGCAGUCAUGUUUGUGGAGGAACGCUGAUUGCUCAACACUUUGUCAUGAGCUCUGCCAGCUGCUUUACCAGAUCCACCAAUGCCUCUGACUGGACUGUGAUCCUGGGCCGUCUGAAUCAGAACGGCUCCAAUCCCAAUGAGGUCUCUAUAAAAGUGGCCAAUCUCACACUCAGCAAUGGUACAGGUGACAACGUUGCAGUCUUGCAGCUGGCUGUCGCACCAAACCUCACAAAUUUCAUUCAGCCUAUAUGUGUGGACAUAGGAGGCAAUACCUUCAGCGCUAACACUCAGUGCUGGGUGGCAGGAUGGGGCUCAGGAGCAGGAGGAGUGUUUCAAACUCUUCAGGAUUACCAGACCUCUGUUGUGAGUUGUGGAAACUCAUCCUCAGACAACAGUAUUUGUACAAGCUCCUUGAACUUACAGCAGGGUGAUCAGGGCGGUCCGCUGAUGUGUAAGCUGGGUCAGUCGUGGAUCCAUGCUGCUGUUUUGACCAUACCAACACUGACCAACAGCACCUCAUCCCGCUCUGCUCGUGCUCCAGAUGUCCAGGUCUUUACUAAAACCUCCAGCUUUGUCCCAUUCCUGACAUCUGUUGUGGGUUCUUUCCCUUUAAAAGCCACAAACUCCACAAGUUCAACUACAAGUGCAGCAACCAACCCAACCCUAGGAACCUCUAAUGGGUCACAAACAUCUUUUCCCUUCUGUUUCACUGUUUCAGUCCUCUUACCUGCACUUACGGCUCUUAAAAUCUUUCAUCAAAGCGGAGUCUUUGAGUAGAUUUAUUAAUUUUGAAUGUUUAUGUAACUAUUCACACACACAUAAUAGAUGUCUUCAAUGUGCUUGCUAUGACUGAUUACAUAAUCAUACAACAUAAGUGUUGGGCACAUAAUUAAUUUUUACUACACAAAUGUGAACAUUUAAAAUCUCUAUUGUUAUCUCAGACCACGAAGCUGCUUCCUGUUGUUCUAACACUGCACAAUUACACCGUAUGACUUUACACUGCUGGUAACAAGUGCAUAGCUAAUAAUUUUUGUAACCUUGUGGUUUACUUAUAUUUACACCGUAGCAGUUGCAGCAUGUAGUUGUUAUUCAGCUUGGCACUUUAUGGAAAUUUCCCAUUUGAGUGGUUCAGUUCUAAUACUUACUCUACCGUAGCUUAACUAACAAGUACCUCAAACUGUACCACAUUUAGGACAUUACUGUAAGUUAAAUAUAUUAAAGAAUAGAAUAUAUCCAUUUUAUUAUUGUU